CCAUCCUUCUUGUGCGACUACUGCUGUGCCGCUCUGUUGCUCUCCCUCUCUUCCUCCUGCUCUUUGGGUUGAUUCUCACUUUCCACAGCUAAAUAAUGGCGACCGACCCCCCCGCGGGCGCGGUGUGCGAUCCACAGGGUGUUUGCCGAAUGCCAGCGCGGGGCGACACUGGCAGCGGCGUUGAGGCUAGUCUCAUCCCCCUCCCGAAGGCAUUGCGGCCGUUGAGUGUUCUCGAAGACGAGGCUGGGCACAAGCUGUCUCCCGCUGGAGUGUUCAAGGGAAAGAUGAUCGGAGUCUACGUGUCGGCCGGGUGGUGCCCCCCUUGCCGCGCGUUUUCGCCCGUGCUGUCCAAAUGGGCGAAGGAGCACAAGGACGAAUUCGAAGUGGUCUUCGUUUCCUUGGACAAGAGCGAGCAGGAAAUGCGUGACUACGUCACCGGCAAGGGUUUCGUGCGUCAGCCGUUUGAGCCGGAAUCCGACAGACACCGCGCUGCGGAAUCGUUCGGCGUUCAGGCUUUGCCCACCCUCGUUAUCGUGAACGGAGACACCGGAGCGGUGGUGACAAGUUGGGGACGAUCGGCGAUUACGAAGAACCCGAACGGCUGCCUGACGGCGUGGAAGGAGGGGAAGCACGGGGUGUCAUGGCUUCAGCUGCUCAAGCCUUGGUGAAACGGAUUUUGAGAGCAAAUGACCCUCCGAGCGAGGCUUGGCUUCAGAUUCCCGCGCCGAUCUACCCCCACAAGGCAACCGCUAAGUUGGGAAGUUGGGGUCAAAAUUCCUUCUGUUGUUACGUCGUGAAGAUACUCUAAUGGCGGCACCCCGCGUGUGGUUGCCGGGGCCGCAGUUGCUCGGCCCUUGGAAGUAGACCCUAGCUGUUGAAGCUACAUGCCGAGGCUCCGAUUCCGAACUUGGUUUCUGGCUUAGGUUGGCUGCUAGACGGGACUUGAAAGGGAUACGAUACCUUGUUCGGAUUCAUCCUAUUGGGUGAUGAUGAUGUUUGUUGCAGUGGGGAAUGCUGCUUGUUCGUUGCUCUUGGAAAAUCGUUUGAAACACGUAGCGAUGGACUGCACCGCACGUAACCAACGGCAACCGACCGUCAUCAUCACAGCCAAACGCCGCUUCAACCAGCAAGGACGACCGGCCCAUUUGCCAUCACUGACCAUCUGCUGGCGUUUCUGAGCCACCGAUCGGCUGGCCCAUUUCUUGCGGCGGCGCAACUUCAAUACGCUGCACUGCAGCCCAAAUACGCGAACGAUUGAUUCUGUAACUUUGUGCGAUAACAUGCCAGUGUGGUUACAACGCACGCAUCAAACGUACCCGCG